AAGAUACUGGAGAAGUUAGAUUCAGAUCCCAACAAAGUAAGUGCAGGGCAAACCAAGAGAAGAAAAAGAGAAAACAAAAGAAGUCUAGGAUUUGAAAAAACUAGGUGAAAGAAUCAGACAAAUCCAGUCGCCGAUGAACAAGGAAUCAGACAAAUCCAAAUUUCACAAGCUGGUUGAUGAUUCCAAUCCAAGCCUUGGAAUCCUAACCCCCAAUCCCAGUGGCGCCAAAUCAUCAACAACACACUUUUUUUUCUGCAUCCAUAAGCAUCAGUAUAUAAAUCUCCUCGAUCUCUUCUUCUCCCUCCGCCAAAUUGAGCUCAGAGGUAUUCAACAAUGUCAACGUGGAAUACUACCGUGCCGCUCGCGUACCAGGCGUACACUUCGUUGGCGGUGCCGGAAUGGCUGAACAAGGGAGACAACGCGUGGCAGAUGAUCUCGGCGACUCUGGUGGGGCUGCAGUCCGUGCCGGGGCUGGUGAUCCUCUACGGCAGCAUCGUGAAAAAGAAAUGGGCGGUGAACUCGGCGUUCAUGGCGCUCUACGCCUUCGCGGCCGUGGUCCUCUGUUGGGUCACCUGGGGCUACAGCAUGUCCUUCGGCCACCAGAUGCUUCCUUUCUGGGGCAAGGCCAUGCCGGCGCUGGGCCAGAAGUUCCUCAUCCAGCAGGCGAAGCUGCCCACCACCACUCACUAUUUCCACGACGGCACCCAGGAGUCGGCCAUGAUCACUCCUUUCUACCCCAUGGCCUCCAUGGUCUACUUCCAGUGCGUCUUCGCCGCCAUCACGCUCAUCCUCCUAGCCGGCUCGCUCCUCGGCCGGAUGAACAUCCGCGCCUGGAUGAUGUUCGUCCCCCUCUGGCUCACCUUCUCCUACACCGUCGGCGCCUUCUCUCUAUGGGGCGGCGGCUUCCUUUUCCAAUGGGGCGUCAUGGACUACUCCGGCGGCUAUGUCAUCCACCUCUCCUCCGGCAUCGCCGGCUUCACCGCUGCCUACUGGGUGGGGCCUCGCUCGACCAAGGACAGGGAGAGGUUUCCGCCUAACAACGUGCUGCUGAUGCUCGCCGGCGCGGGGCUGCUGUGGAUGGGGUGGGCCGGGUUCAACGGCGGAGACCCCUACUCGGCUAACAUCGACUCGUCGAUGGCGGUGCUGAACACGAACAUCUGCGCCGCCACCAGUCUCCUCGUCUGGACCUGCCUCGACGUCAUCUUCUUCAAGAAGCCUUCGGUGAUCGGAGCGGUGCAGGGGAUGAUCACCGGCCUGGUCUGCAUCACUCCAGCCGCUGGGUUGGUCCAAGGUUGGGCGGCCAUCUUGAUGGGCGUGCUCUCGGGGAGCAUCCCUUGGUUCACCAUGAUGGUGGUGCACAAGCGGUCGCGGCUCCUGCAGAAGGUGGACGACACCCUCGGCGUCUUCCACACCCACGCGGUGGCGGGAUUCAUCGGCGGCGUCUCCACCGGGCUCUUCGCCGAGCCCACCCUCUGCAACCUCUUCCUCCCGGUCACCAACUCGCGCGGGGCCUUCUACGGCGGCGUAGGCGGGGCGCAGGUGUUCAAGCAGAUCGUCGGCGCUCUGUUCAUCAUGGCGUGGAACGUCAUCGUGACCUCCGUCAUCUGCGUGGUCAUCGGGAUGGUGCUGCCGCUGCGGAUGCCGGAGGAACAGCUAGCCAUCGGCGACGACGCGGUGCACGGGGAGGAGGCCUACGCGCUAUGGGGAGACGGCGAGAAGUACGAUGUCAACAGGCACGGCAACGGCUCGUACGGCAACGAGAUGUUGGAGACGUCGAAGCCGCCGACCGGAGUCGGAAUCGACUUCUAAAAUGAGCAACAUUUAUAAAUUAAAAUGUGUUGAGAAGGGCAUUGUGUUGUGUUUGACUUAACAGUGGUGUCGUAAUUAAAUUGGCAACCAAAUAAA